AUGGCUGAUCUGGUGCCGCCUAGACUUGCUUGGGCUUGCACGCAUGGAGAAUCACAGCGUUGGGGGCACAGGCACAAACUUGAUGGUGGGUCCUAUAGAACAGAUUGGAAUGCCUGCAGUCUGUCCGCGCUGGACGAACCAGACGAAGGUGUGAGCGUUGCAAGGGAUGAUCUGCCUUCCAAGUGUUGUGACCUGGUGUUGGGUUUAGUUUUGAUCAAACCAGCGUUCACUUAUCAUAGCCUUUGCAAUCUCAGCCGCAUGGAGCAGAAGCAGCAGACCUUUUGGGCCUCUGUCUUUGGAAAUUCAAUGCAUGGAACAUUGUAUUUUUUUUCGCUUGCUGAAGGCAAGGCGGCCUUUCGAUUUCCAAUGCAUGUGAACAUUCCUGUGGUCGACAGGAGACGGCUGAAAACCUUUUUUUGUUCCCUGGAUGUUGGAGCAGGCAUUGAAUUGGUGAAGAGUUUGGACGGGAUUUUGCCAGAAACUUUAGCAUCAAUGGCUUCAAGUUGCACAUUUUGUGUACGUUUGCCUGCAUACUUUGCUUGGGCGUUGUUCAAUGGAAAAGCUGAAUCCUUUGCAUUGCCAGAUCCAGAUGUAGAAGAUUUAUUUCACAGCAGUCGGCGUGUGAGAUCGCGAAUUGUGGGCUGGUCUUACUGGCCUGGAAGUUUUGCCACAUUUGAGCCGCCUAUGUUCUUGGAGCAAUCAGAAGAUUUCUCUUCAGCUGCUGCCGGUCGUAUUGCGACCUUGAUCAAGUCUUUCGCAUCACAGAUUUCCCGGCAGGAAGGCAAUGAGGAAACACUUCACGAGUGCCAUUUGGCAGUAAGCACAUUGAUGCGGUUGCGGGACGAACUUAGUACACAGGGACUUCACCAAGGUGUCUUGCAAUUGCGUGGGCGGGUGAAUGCUGCUGGGCAACUCCCUUACCAAGCUUCGUUUCUGAUCAAAACGCUACUCAUGUGCAGCCACUUGCGGGACUCUGCCGAUUUGAAGAAGGUUCUUCGCAAAGCAAUGGACAUGGCAUUGCCAAAGUCUUUGGCGCGUGAGUUGAUCAAGAAGUUUUUCGAUUCUGGAGAAAAAGUGAAAAUUCCGAAACCGUCAAAACUUACACGAGCACGAUUUAUGUUGGAUGCAGCUCUGAUGAUUUUCAACAGAGAGAUUAAUUGCAAGGACCUUUGUAUGCAAAAACCACACAGCCCGAUUCGAUUUGCAAUGGUGGAUUCCUCUGUCCAAGGGCACUACAACUUGGAGCUUCUGCGUGUGGUGUCCAUUGAUGGGGACCAUGUCGUUGAUUUGUUUGUGGAUGCAAUGGAGUGUUUGACUGAAGCAGAGCGCAUUGUCAUCGAAUUGUUGGCUGACCGAGAAUUGCAAGCUGCAGAUUGGAUGUUGUACUUGGAAGCAGAGGAGCAUAGAUUUCAGACUAUGAAGUCGUGCAUGCGAUUGAGCCUUUUUCCAGCAGUUGCAUUGGGAAACCAGCAAUUGUACCAUAAAUUUCAUGCAGUUGCACAUGCUUUGUUCCUUGAGACGGGAAGUGCCCAAUCUCUGGCUUCUUUUGCAUCCCAGAUUUCAGCAUUUUGUACUGAUCAAGGUACAGAGUUUGCAUUGCCCAAGGUUCCAGCUGUUCCCAUUUACUCAUUGUUUGGAUUUUUGCGACCAUCUGAUGACGAUAUGGAUUGGGCACCGGAAAUGUUGGAUUUUGGUGAGAGAUGCGCGGAACCCUGUGUCGAUUUCUCAAAGGCUAUAGCAAUCGCUGGUCUUCUGCACAUCAUUCACAAUAGCAGCUCCGAUCUUGGAAAGUCAAUGUCCUGCCGGGACACUGUGAUUCAGCAGCUUCAACAUGUGUCCCGUCUUUUGCGCCGAAGGGAAUCCAAAACCCGUUUGAUGGAGUCUUGUUUCAACGACCCAAUCGGGAAACAUUUCCAUGCAGAGAUCAAAGCUUUCCAGUGCAAACUUCACACCGGACGUUGGGGAAGUGUGGCUGCUUGCAUUUUGGGAGUUUUGGGUCUGGAGACAGUGCUUCAGUAUGGAUGGGAUGCUAGCAAAUACAAAAAUGGCCGCGUCUUGGCUGGCCAUGAUGGUGACGAGGCCAACCCAUUUGGUGUAGACAUUGCAGUGGUGGAUGGGGCCAUAAAGUCCGAGAUCUUCUGGGCACGACUGAAGAUGUUGGAAUCCUUGGCGGUUGUGCUUCAGAAGUGCUUGGCUUGGGCGGAAGGCUGUCCAUGCCAUUCCAAUUUAGAGCUGCCGGCUGGCCAGGCGUCCGACACACUUCGUAGGCUAUGGUUCACCUGUCCGCUCCGCGGAUGUAGGGCUCCAGAACUUGCUGCUGGGGACUUUUUUGAAGUAUUCAGGAAGAAUUUUCAGCAGUCAAGUGCGGCGUUGCUGCUGUCCUUGCCUCGGGAUUUGAGCUCCGAAGACAGAAUGAAUUUACUUCACGAUUUCGAAUCUGCCAAGAACCAUUUGCACUUUGUGUUUCGCUUGAGAUUGGCUUUCUGGUUUGACUUGCCUUGGAAGGUAUAUGGAUGUGCCCAUCCGAACCCAGCAGUUCACAAGAAGUUUUUGGAGGAUUGCCUCAAUGCAACAUGUGAAGAAGUGGCAUCUUGCCCUUUGCUACAGGAGCUUCAUUGUGAGUCGGUGAAGGCAGAGGUGAAUCAGUAUUUGCUGGAAGGACGUGAAUUGGCAACGUCUGCGAAGCUAUGUCGUUUUCUAGCAAGAUUGUGUUUUUGCCCAACUGCCGAGAGAGCUGUGGAAGGCGACCAUGCAAUUGUCCACAGAAAAGUUGCCCUUGCUCGAAACCACACAAUGGCAUACAUUAGUUUGUCCAGAAGGAUGGUCACUGUUCAGAACUUGAUUGAUGAAGAUCCUGAAAACCUCACCAGGGUGGCCGCAAUUAUGCAGAAAACCCACAGCCCUGCUCUGAUUCUCACACAAUUGGGGCUUGCAAAUCAUCCCUCGACAGCUUACCUCACCAAUUACCGCGACCCUCUGCACCUGUCGAUUGUUUAUCGCUCAGACGGCCCCACUAUGUUCCAAUCUGGAUUGGACUUGGUACCUCCAGACACCACCGAUGCCACCGGUGUUUUUGAAAUUCAGGACAAGCCAGAGGAACUUUGUGAUCGCGACUUUGGUGAUCGCGGUGGACCAAACAACCGAGAAGAUAGAGAGCCAAUGGAUCUGUACCAGGGUGAAAGCUCUCGAUCACAGGAACUUGUGAGGCGUUACAUUUUGCAAUCAAUGAAAGUUUGGCUCCAAGAGGACCAGGAGAAAGCUGCUGCUGAGAACUGCCGGUUUGUGUAUUCAUUUCCUUUUUGCGCAAUGGCCAUCAAGUCCUUACAGCGUUUACUGGAAACGUCAACUUUGAGAAACUCGUUGUCUCAGAAAGGCGUUCUGUUUGCUCAGUUUUUGAGAAGUGGAGUCGACGACAUCAAAGUGCCGAACCGCAAUGCUUUCAAGCGCACUAAUUGGGCUGUGUCGUUUCUUGAAGUCACAAAGUUCGAUCAAGCUGGUGACUAUGUAAUGGUAAAGACUGAUCCAAUUCACUUGGAUUCUGAGACUGGCACCGGAGCCGGAGACUCCGCGUCAAGCUUUGCCAUUGGAUACAUUGAUGAAGAUGCGAAGGUGGCAGGUUGA